AUGGAAAAAUAACAUUCUGUAAUUUUUACAAUAGGUGUCCUAUUAUCUUUUUUGUAUAAAUUAAUCAUCUAUUUAUUAGGUUUAGUUCCAAAUUUGAUAUCAAUGAAGGUACUCUUAAUAUUAAAUUAACUAUAUAAACAAUCUAAUGGAUUAUGAUUUCUCUGAUUUUGGUUGUUAUUUAACAUCUAUAUUCAAGAAGAAAGAUUCCUUCGCAGCCUCAAUAAGAAAUAAUUCUAAAACAAAUAAAAUUUAUAGAUUCGCCCAUGCGGCCAAGAAAGUAAGCUGCUUUAAUUGACAAAUUAAUUAUAUUAAGCAAGUAAGAUUAUUGUGUUGACAUGGGCGAAUAAUUGAAAUCAAAGAUUACUUAAAUUUAAACAGAUUUUAAUGAAAUUUCUAUAACAUCUAGUUUAAGGAAGAGAUCAAAUUUCAUAGCAAAUGAAGGUUUAUAAAGAAAGGUUUUAUUUGAUGAAAGUUAGAAUAAAAUCCAUACUUAUUAUAAAAAUAAUAAGUAGGAAAAUAGAAAUUUUGAAUCCAGUUUUUAGGCAAUCAAAUAAGAUAAAAAGAAGAAAAAUGAAUUAGUUAAAUAGAAAAGAAAGGAAGAAAAUUUUAAGAAGUUGAAUAUUAAUGAUAUCAAUAAGAUAAGAAGAAAAAGAAAAUCUUCUUUAGAUGAGAAUUUAUCCCAAUUCUCAUAUUGA